GAGGCGGAGUGAGGAUAUUUCAAUGUUCUUCUAUUCUGCAGAAUUCUUUCUGAGAUCUGAGCGGCUUCUUCUCAAGACCGAUCAGUGAAAGAAGACAGGCUUCUCCCCGUUUCCUUUUCUCUCCCCCUGAACUGAAGCGCUGAAGCAGUCAUCUCUCAGUCAGCCACCAGGUGUGUGCCUUCUUUGAUUUCUUGCUCUGUGUUUGGAAUUCCGUCUUCGAUUUCUUUCUCUGUGUUUGGAAUUGAACUCUAUAAUCCCGAAAGAAGAAGCAUUGUCUGCAGGACCAGCUGCAUCCACUGGGAUUCAUAACCCCUAUUAACAGCCAGGAGCGUGACCAAGCCCAGUCCCACGGUGUCGUAAUGGCAGACGGCAGACAGCCAGAGGAAAAAACGCCACAGUGGGCAGCACCAGGGACUCGCAGUGAUGCCUCCGCCCACCCCCACACCCCUCCCGAGUAUAAGGAGCAGCCACCCGCAGCAGCCCCCAGCGAGAACGGCUACUCCUCCUACAGGGACUGCCCGGCAGGGGGGGCGCCAGCUGCAGCCUCCUACCCUGCCACCAAAGAGAACGGCUUCAAUGGAGACCUGGCGUCAGGGGGCACAGUCACAGCAGAGCAAGUGUCAGCGAGGAUAGUUCAAGAGGUGACAGCUGAAGCAGUCGCAGUCCUGAAGGGAGAGCAAGACACAGAUUUGCAGCACAAGGACACAGCAAAAAGGUUGCCCUCAGUUGAAGACUCCAAUCUACCACCCUCUCCUCCCCCAUCUCCUGCCUCAGGACAGGUCGGACCUCUGGAGCAAGAUGUAGGGGAUAAGGAGAAGGCUGGCCCUCUCCGACGGUUCCAAAAUUCUCGGGAGAGGUGCAAGUUCCUAGCCCCCUCAAUCUCGGUUUCUGUGCCUGACGAUGAUCCCUACCACUCAGAUGACGAGUACUAUGAUCACCCCUUAUUCAGCUCCGAGUGGACUCACUCUUGCACACUCCCCAGUGGGGAAGAUGCCUUGUUUAGUCUGAUUGAAGUAGAAGAAACUAUAGAGAGUCCUUCAGCAGCCGACGAGGAAAAGCAAUCAGCCGCAGCAGCUGAGCAUGGGCCCGAUGCUAUUGAUAUCUUAGAGCAGGCAAAGCUAAAAAGCGAGGCCCAGACUCAGCCCUGUCCACAGGCCGAGGCCAAGACAGCUAGUGAAGCUCGUGUGCCGGCAGCGGCACCCAACGGGAGAGGCGACGAGGCAGGGGAGGGGAAAACCCCUCAGGAAGCCCUGAAGAUGGACACAAAGAGCCAAGGGGGUGCAGUCAGCGAUCAGGCCCCUACCCUCGGCUUGGACCUCAAGGAAGCUGCGAGGUCAGAGGAGAAAUCUAAUGUGCAGCGUAAAAAUGAAGCCCAAACAACUCCACCUUCAGGGGACGACAACAAGGAAGACCAUGCUCCAGCUCCUCAGUCCAAAGAUUCAGAAACCCUCCCUUUGGAAGGUAUAGAGACACCUGCUGUGACUGAGCCACCCAAAGCUGAAUUAGGUCCAUCGGGGGCCACUGCUUCUCCAGCAGAAAGAAAAGUCCAAUCUGAAGAUACCACAAAACCAUUGUCUAAAGAAUCAGAUAAAUGCACUGACAUUGUAAAAGAUUCUAGUGAGAUUCCAGCAAACACCGCAGAGAAGUCAGAUAAAACAUAUCCAGAGGACCAGAAAGUAAACCUCACUGAUGUUUCCCAAACCAAAGACACCCCAGUUAACAAACUUCAAGGAGACGUGGAUGUACCAAGCAGUCCAAAACCAGAUAGCCAGUCUACAAAAGACAAGCCUCAGGAGUUAAUUGCUGAGCCACUAAUACAUUUGACAAAGAUGGAUGCAGGCAGUUUAGAUAAAGCAGAAGUUACUAAACAAGACAAAGAUGUUAAACCAGAUGCAUUACAGGCUGUAGACCUUAGUGUGAAAAAGGAAGCGGUCAUUAUCUCACAAAAGGCAGCUUCUAGUAAAGAAGAUAAUUCUUCUAUGAAAACACAAGAGAACAGGGAGGACAAGGAAGAGCUUAAGUCAGAAAUUUACAUUUUUGGUGCCUCAGAAAAUGAAAGCAAACUGGUUUUAGAUCCAAAGAAAGAACCAGAGAAACAGGGAGCCUCUAGUAGCUAUCCCUCUGAACCUUGUGAAGACAAUAAGGAUACAGAUGUCAAACAGCCCCAAACUUCUCUUGUGGAUGCACCAGAGAGCAAAUUAAAGGAGGAAGCCCACACUGAAGUUUUACCAAUAGACCAGACAGGGAAAGUGGUUGAAACAAAGCAGGAGCCUGUAGAGAAAGAAGAAACCCAAGCAACCAUCAAGGAGAAGGAGAUAACUGAGGCUAAGAUUCAACCAGCCUUGCAUGACAAAGAUGAACCCUCCAGUGCUUUGGAUCUACAUUUAAAAAGCAAGGAAAAGGAUAAAUCAGGAAUGUCAGCUUAUUUUGAGACAUCUGCCUUGACAGAGGAAGAGGCAAAGGCUGAUGCACAGCAAGGGGAAGGCUAUUACGAGUUGAGCGAUGCAAGGGAGAAAGCCUCCGAGUCUUUUCAGGGGGUGAUUGAUGAAUCUGAUGCAAGUGUAUUGAUGGAUAAGUUCCAAAUUGCUGGUGACGCUGCCUCAGUCCAGGAAAUAAGCUAUAGCGCACUGGCCCAAACUCAAGAUGUGAAACCAUCAGUGGACAAACCAGACACCCUGAAAAGCCCUGUCGAUGAGCUGAAAACCCUGCCAAUGCUGGAGAAGAAGGAUGAAGGUCGCUUGAGUGUAGGGAGGUUGUCGUUGGAACAGAGAAGCUACUCACUGAACAUACCCAUAGCUUCCUUGGAAUCACUGAACCAAGGUGGAGGGCAUGGUCGCCCAAGGACCUUUUCACCUCUGGCUUCAGAUAUUCUGUCCUUUACCAGUGGUAGUCUAGAUGAUCCAACAGACUACCUACCAGUUACCACACCUGCUGUAGAGAAGCAGCCAGUUUUCCCUCCUGUAAUUCUGGAAACUACAGAUGCAGACUCCCCUUCAUCUUUACCCACUGAUGAAAGCAAACCAAGCUCCCAGGCAGAAUCACCCUCAGAGUCCCAGUUCCAAAUGAAGGACUAUUACAAAAAUGGCAGUGUGAUGGCACCCGAUUUGCCAGAGAUGCUAGACUUGGCAGGAGCCAGAUCCAGACUGACUUCUGAGAGCACAGAUACUGAGCUGAUUAGAAGAAAGUCUAUCUCUGCUGAUAUCCCAGCCCUGGUGGGAGACACCUUGGCUCAGCUUUCUAGAGUAGACAUGAGUCAGAAGGCAGCUAGAAGUGAGAGCCAAGAAGAGAUUGGCUACUGUGUUUUCAACGAGUACACUGGUCCUAUGCCCUCACCCGCUGAUUUGCACAGCCCACUUGGCUCACCUCUCCAAAUCUUCACCACGCCCGUUUUAGAGGAGUACAAGGAAGAAAUUAGGAAAGCAACUGAGUCUAUGUAUACUCAGGCAGAGCCUGUUGAGAAGGAAGUUCUCAUGGAAGAACCCAAAGCAGAAGAGACUAGAAAGGAAGAAACAAUAGAGGACAAAGAAGUGAAAGAAGAUUCUUCUAAAGUAGAAUCACUUGAUCAACAUGACAGCUCAUCUGAAAUCAAGGAAAGUGUAACCAUGGAAGGGGUUAGUAAAGAAAGCAGUAAAGCAGAGACAGAUACACAGGCUGGUGUUUCAGGGAAUGAUGAAGAAAAGGAAAGUGAACUAGAUCUCAGAGCUAAGCCUAAAGUAGUUUCUGAUGUCAAAAGGCAGACUGUUCCUGAGGUUGAAGAGCAAGAAAUGCCAAGUGAAGAUAAAGCCUCAGAGUCCUUGAAAACUGUCCAGGAAGAGGAGGUUAAGAAAGGUAUUGAUGAAAUGCAGCCAGACAAAACAAGUCAAGAAGCCAUCCCUGAGCCUCAACCCAAAGCUAAACCUUUAGAGGAGGUCAUCCCUGGUGGUAUGAAGCCUGAACAUUCAGCAGAGGAAAAGGCAGAGGUGAAGGAUGAUUCCAAAAAAGAUCUAACAUCAGAAGUUGAUUCUGAAAAAGAACUUCAACCAGAUUCUGCUUCUAGAAAAGAACUAAAAUCAGAUGCAGACUCAGAAAAAGAACUACAACUCGAGGAUAUACCUCUGAGCUUAGCUGAAGGGCAAGAACUGCUAGAAACAAAAGAUAAAAUGAAGGACAAGCCAGACUUGGUGCACCAGGAGGCCUAUGAAGAAGUGGAUGCAGAAGAUGCCUAUCAGCUCAUGGGUGUCCUCGGCUCCAAUGAGGAAGGAGGUGCGAAGCCUAAACCUGUGAAGCAGGUAGCAUCUGUAGAGGUAACAGUAGAGGUGCAUGAAGCUGCAGAGUCAAAGCAGACAGUUGAGGAAAUGCCCCCAACAGCCAAGAUAGCUGACGAAGAGAGGCCAGAGGAAGCUCCUCUUGAGUCUGUGCCGGCUGUUGAACCUGAGAGGCCAGAGGAAGAGAGGCCAGAGGAAGCUCCUCUUGAGCCCAUGCUAGCUCUUGAAUGUGAGAGGCCAGAGGAAGCUCCUCUUGAGCCUGUGCUGGCUCUUGAACCUGAGAGGCCAGAGGACGCUCCUCUUGAGCCUGUGCUGGCUGUUGAACCUGAGAAGUCAGAGGAAGAGAGACCAGAGGAAGCUCCUCUUGAGCCUGUGCUGGCUCUUGAACCUGAGAGGCCAGAGGAAGCUCCUCUUGAGCCUGUGCUGGCUGUUGAAUCUGAGAAGUCAGAGGAAGAGAGACCAGAGGAAGCUCCUCUUGAGCCUGUGAUGGCUCUUGAACCUGAGAGGCCAGAGGAAGAGAGGCCAGAGGAAGCUCCUCUCGAGCCUGUGCUGGCUCUUGAACCUGAGAGGCCAGAGGAAGCUCCUCUUGAGCCUGUGCUAGCUCUUGAACCUGAGAGGCCAGAGGAAGCUCCUCUUGAGCCUGUGCUGGCUGUUGAACCUGCACCAGUGACUUUGGAAGCUCAGGCCCUGGAAGCUGUGGAACAGAAAGAAGAAGAAGGCGGCAUUAUAGAAGAUGCUGUAGAUGUGGAUGAAGAACCAAAAGAGGUUCUGGAGGAAAUAGAAGAAAUCGCCCCUGUAAUGCAGGAAUCUACAGAGGAUGUGGACGCUGAUCAAGCCCUUGAAACCAGGGGGGCUAUAGAAUCGGUUGUCACUGUGGAAGAUGAUUUCAUUACAGUGGUCCAAACUAUUGAGGAGGGUGAUGACUCCUGCCAUAGUGUGAGAUUCUCAGACCCAGCUGAGGGAGAGGUCUUGCAGGAUGCCACUGAAGAUGAAGAUGGGCAAGCUGAGGUGGCUGAAGAAGAAGAGAUUCAGGCUGCAAGUCUGGAGGAGCUUCCUGUAGCUCCCUCCUCUCCAGAGAAGGAAGUCCCUGUAUCCGGAUAUAGAACAGAGACUUAUGAUGAGUACAAGGAUGAAACAACCAUCGAUGACUCCAUCUUGGAUACUGACAGCGCUUGGCAGGAUGCUCAAGAUGAUGACAGGAGCAUCAUGACCGAAAAGAUCGAACCGCUACCGAAAACUGAGAGCCCUAAAAUUAGAAGGCCCUCUGUGGAAAAACACACGAAGGACAAGGCACUGAGCAGGGGGAAAGGCAGAGUGUCCACCCCUGAAAGGAAAGCGGCCAAAAAGGAGCCCAGUAUGGUCCCGAGGGACGACAUGAAGAAGAAAAAAGCAAUGUUUAAGAAGGCUGAACUUACUAAAAAAUCUGACAUUCAGACUCGGUCUCCUUCCCGGAAAAUCCCAUUAAAACCAGCGGUCAGGUACCCUAGACCAGCUCACCAUCAUUCCUCUGCUAAACGGAAACCGACAGCAGCGGUCGCAGCUGUCGAAGGCAGGCAGCCCCUCAGCACUGCAAGACAAUCCAAGGACAAGAUCGCUAACUCAUCCUCCUCUGCUCUAACAAAGAUUCCUACCUCAAGAGAGCGAGCAGCAGCAGCUUUCUUCCCUCCGAGACCCAGCUCAGCUUGCUCGCUCACAGAGAACAAUGCUUGCCUUAAGUCAGAGCUUUAUUCAGUCCGGCCCUCUUCUGCAGGGUCCAGGGACUACAAUAUAAAUGAUACAGUACAGGAUGGCAUCACACAGAGCCCUGAGAAGCGCUCUUCCCUGCCCAGACCCUCCUCCAUCCUGACCUCGCGCCGAGCCGGCACUGCCGAUCGCGAGGAGAGCUCCACCUCCAUCACCAGCUCUGGCUCCACUGCACCGAGACGCCCAACAUCGAUUCGAUCUGAAGGACGAGCUGAGCAGAGGGCUAGUCGAAGCGGAGUGCCAGGGACUGAUCAUGCUCGCUCCAGAUCAGCACGGAGUGGAACCUGCACUCCAAUCACCCCGGGCUCUACAGCCAUCACACCCUGCACCCCGCCCAGCUACUCCUGCCGCACCCCUGGGACCCCAGGCACCCCCAGCUACCCCAGGACCCCUCGCACACCUGGCACCCCGAGAUCAAUGAGCCUGGCACGCCAGGAGAAGAAGGUGGCCAUCAUCCGCACCCCACCCAAGUCGCCCGCCACCCCCAAACAGCUGCGCCCCCUGAACCAGCCCCUGCCUGACCUCAAGAACGUCAAGUCUAAGAUCGGCUCCACAGAUAACAUCAAGUACCAACCGAAGGGGGGGCAGGUUCUCAUACCAAGUGUAAAAGUUGAUUUUAGCCACGUUCAGGCUAAAUGCGGCUCCCUGGAGAAAAGACAAUAUUCCCCUACAGUUGGAAAUAUACAAAUUCAGAGCAAGAAGAUUGAUCUGAGUCACGUGACUUCAAAGUGUGGAUCUUUCAGCAACAUCCGCUACAGACCAGGUGGUGGAAAUAUUAGGAUUGAAAGUGUGAAAUUGGAUUUCAAAGACAAGGCUCACGCAAAGGUGGGCUCUCUGGACAAUGCCCGCCACACACCUGGAGGGGGUCAAAUACAGAUCGAAAGCCACAAGCUGUCCUUCAGGGAGUCAGCGCGGGCCCGAGUGGACCAUGGAGCGGAGAUCGUGACUCAGUCCCCGGGUAUAUCAGGGUCCACCUCCCCUCUCCACCUCAGCAACGUCUCCUCCUCGGGCAGCAUCAACCUGCUGGAGUCCCCACAGCUCGCCACCCUCGCCGAGGACGUGACAGCCGCACUGGCCAAGCAGGGCUUGUGAGCACCUCCCUGUGUCCACUCUGUCUGCCCAGCAGUGCAGCGUAUUCAUGAUUUCAAACAACAGCAAGCUAUCUACAUCAUUCCUUCAUGGCACAGCAUGACAGUUACCGGGACCCUGCUAAGCAUGGUUCCCGAUUAUUACUCAAAAGAUUAUUAAAAAAUAAGCGAUCACCACUUAUGACUGUGUCCUAGAAAAACUAAAACCUGUUUUUUUCUGUUAAUGUCAGACAGACAAAGCACUCUUGACUUUUUUGUUUUGUUUUAAAUGGGUACAAAGUGAUGCUAACAUCCUACACGGUAAAUGUUGUUGCUCAGCUCUAUAUUGCAUUGACUUACAAACAUGCAUCUUACAACUGUAAUAGGGCAGUUCACGCUAGUGCAGGCAGCAUUGAUAUACAGUACACACACAUAUAUAUAUAUAUAUAUAUAUAUAUAU